UCCAGCCCAGCCCCCCUGCAUUGGGAGUACGGAGUCUUAGCCCGAGGACCCCCAGGAAGUCCCGACACUCAUUGCUAUGGACAGUGCCAUCACCCUGUGGCAGUUCCUCCUUCAGCUCCUAAAGGAGCCUCAGAACGACCACAUGAUCUGCUGGACCUCUAAUAAUGGGGAGUUCAAGCUUUUGCAGGCAGAAGAGGUGGCUCGUCUCUGGGGCAUUCGAAAGAACAAGCCUAAUAUGAAUUAUGACAAACUCAGCCGAGCCCUCAGAUACUACUAUGUGAAGAAUAUCAUUAAAAAAGUGAAUGGUCAGAAGUUUGUGUACAAGUUUGUCUCGUACCCAGAGAUUUUGAACAUGGACCCAAUGACAGUGGGCAGGGUUGAGGGGGAGUGUGAAGCUUUAAGCCUCAGUGAGCUCAGCAGCAGCAGUUCCAAAGAUGUGGAGAAUGGCGGGAAAGAGAAGCCACCACAGCCCGGUGCCAAGACCUCGAGCCGCAAUGACUACAUACACUCCGGCUUAUAUUCUUCUUUUACUCUCAACUCUUUGAACUCCUCCAAUAGGAAGCUUUUCAAAUCUAUAAAGGUGGAGAAUCCAGCUGAGAAAUUGGCAGAGAAAAAGUCUCCUCAGGAGCCAACUCCAUCUGUUAUCAAAUUUGUAACAACACCUUCUAAAAAGCCACCAGUUGAACCUCCUGCUGCCUCCAUUUCAGCUGGCCCGGGUAUUUCUCCAUCUUCAGAAGAAACUAUCCAAGCAUUGGAGACUUUGGCUUCCCCCAGACUGCCUUCCCUGGAAGCACCAACUUCUGCAUCGGCAGUGACUGCCCCUUUUGCCACCACACCUCCUGUUUCGUCCGUGUCCCCUCUGCAGGAGCCUCCUAGAACUCCUUCACCACCGCUGAGUUCCAACCCAGACAUGGACACAGACAUGGAAUCAGUGGCUUCUCAGCCAAUGCAGCUUCCAGAGAACUUGUCCUUGGAGCCUAAAGACCAGGAUUCAGCUUUGCUAGAAAAGGACAAAACAAAUAAUUCAUCGAGGUCCAAGAAACCCAAAGGGUUAGAGCUGGCACCGACCCUUGUGAUCACGGGCAGUGAUCCAAGCCCACUGGGAAUAUUAAGCCCAUCUCUCCCUACAGCUUCCCUUACGCCAGCGCUUUUUUCACAGACACCCAUCUUACUGACUCCAAGCCCCUUGCUCUCCAGUAUCCACUUUUGGAGUACUCUCAGCCCUGUUGCUCCCCUGAGUCCAGCCAGACUACAAGGUGCUAACACACUUUUUCAGUUUCCUUCUGUGCUGAACAGUCAUGGGCCGUUCACGCUGUCUGGCCUGGAUGGACCUUCUACCCCUGGCCCAUUUUCCCCAGAUCUACAGAAAACAUAACCUAUGCACUUGUGGAACGAGAGAAUCAAGGAAUAAGGAAAGAGAAAGACAUUCAAGUGAGGGAUUGACACUUCACGAUGCUGAUAACAGACUGUUAUGAUUUCUCCCAUUCCCCAUUAAAAUGCUUUUUAGGAUUCCCUUUGAAUAGGACUCAAGCUAGACUGUGUAUAAAAAUGCCUUAAUUGGAGUCCAAACUCCACCUCCCUCUUUCUUUCUUUUUUAAAAAUAUUUUGAACCUUGUGUUAAGGAAAUUUUUAAUGGGAUUUAUGAGCAAGCUAUGCUUUGCAAGAGAAUUAAGAAUCUUGCCUUAUUGGGACCCUUUGGCAGUUAUGCUUUGAGCAUAUUAUAUAAAGAAAUACUAGUUAAAUGGAAUUAGCCAUAUCUUUAGGACUUACAUGUGCUCUGUUGAAUACUAAAAGUGAGUUGUGCAUAAGCAGUGGAGGAAAAAGAAUCAUUCCUAUUCACACGAAAUAAGAUCGGAGCAGGACUAUUGGGGAUAUUCUGUUUUGCUGUGAAGUAUAAUGUAGGCAAGCAACUCCACAAACAGUUACCUUAUUUACAUUUAUUCAGGGUGGUUCCCUUAGCCCUAUGUAUGAUCUUGACUGAAUAUGAACAGAGCAUGGAGCUAGUUUAUUCCCACAUAAGGAGAUUUUUAAACCUGGGGCUUAAGGCAGUGUUUGGAACAAACAGUGAGAAUAUGGGGGCCUCAUAUCUGGCACAGAAAUGUCAUCUGCUGGUAUGAUUCCACACCUAUGGAAUACUUAUGGUAAAUGAUGGCUUUUAGGGGGAUGGACCUGGGAUUUGAGAGGCUGAGGCAUCUCUGAGUCAAGGAUUCAACUGAAAAAACUUGAAACAACAUGUAGGCGUUUCCCAGUUAGAAGAUACGCAGUGUGAAGGACCUUUUUUUCUGUUCAUUUUAUCCCAUUUCCUACUGUUUGUUGAUCUUUUAAAUUUAAAGUUGUUAGAGGUUGUGAUAGUUUUAAUUAGGAAGAUGAAAAGCAAAGUGAACUCUUUAAAUCUGUAGUGAGGUAAAAAUAUACUUAUUUCUUUGAUUUUUUUUUUUUUUUUUUAAUUAGGAAGUAGCAAGCUCAUCUGGAAGUGCUCAUACAUAGGGACUGGAUUAUUUGUAUUAGUAGAUAGGCCUUCAUCUCUGCCAGACUUCUGAAAUGUUAGCAUAUAGUCAUCACUGCCAGGUAUAGACAUUUGUUGAUUUGAUGCCAACAUCACAGUGGAGUCUUUUGGAAAAUUUGGCUUCCAGGAUUAGAUGAUAUGCCUCUGCCACCCCCGCCCCCCGC